AUGGUACGGUACCGGUAUUACGCAAUCCCCCCAGCCAAGGGCAAGUUCAAGGAAGGUAGGAAAACGGAGUGGCGUUGCAUGAGGAAUAUACUCCAAGAUAACUCUAAGGAUCAGUCUUCAAGAUGGUCAUCGGAUAAUAACUGUACACCCCAGUACAUCAUUCUCAAGCUGGAGUCUUGUUGCUUGAUGGACAGUAUCACUUUUGGAAAGUAUGAGAAGCCACAUGUGUGCAAUGUGAAAAAGUUUAUCAUCUAUGGAGGACUGACAGUAGACCACAUGGUUGAACUCACAUCGGGUGGCCUCAAGAAUGAUAAUGUGAAGGAGAGUUUUUCACUCAAGUAUGUUGUGAAUGGAAAUCCAGUGCCUUGUCGUUAUAUCAAGAUUGUGCCUCUGCAAUCAUGGGGACCUUGCUUUAGUUACAGCAUCUGGUACAUAGAAUUAAGAGGAAUAGAUGAUCCAGAUAUUGUACAACCAUGCCUUCUUAUGUAUAAUGAGUAUCGAGAAAGCCAAGCUAUCAGAUUGUGCCUAAAGCACUUCCGUCAGAACAACUACCAUGAAGCCUUCCAGAGUUUACAGAAGAGGUCGAAGGUCAACUUAGAGCAUCCAUUGCUGACAGAGUUGCAUAGCAAGCUGGUGAGAGAAGGUGAUUUUGAUAGAUGUGAACAGAUCAUUGAUAUAGCUUCACAAGAUGGUCUCUUCAAUACAUAUAUUGCUAAUCAAGAUUAUAAGCCUCACUGGAAGCUUUUAUCACCCCUUACUGUUUGUGAAGAUGAGAGCAGACCCGGUAUGAGAGGUGGACAUCAAAUGUGUAUGGAUGUAAAUACAGAGAUGAUCUAUUUAUUUGGUGGAUGGGAUGGUACAACUGAUCUCGCUGAUUUCUGGGUAUUCAGUGUACAGGAAAAUGAAUGGACAUGUCUUUCAAAAGACACUGAAAAAGAGGGUGGUCCUUCAGCUCGGUCAUGUCAUAAGAUGUGUAUUGAUCCAAGGAGGCAUCAGAUCUUUAUCUUGGGUAGAUACAUGGAUCAAACCAUGAGGAACACUUCUCCAUUAAAGAGUGAUUUCUACGUGUAUGACAUUGCAUCUGCUAAAUGGACAUUGAUAUGUGAUGACACAGGAUCUGAGGGUGGUCCAAGACUAAUCUUUGAUCAUCAAAUGAGCAUGGAUUCAGAGAAAUCUACUAUCUUUGUAUUUGGUGGUAGGAUUCUUACAAGGUAAGAUUUAGUUUCCUUCUUAAGAUAUAACUUUUCUUCCACAGUUGAAUCUGAGAUAAGUUUUUGUCUCGCCUGCAUAGAGAGCGAGACUACAGGCGCCGCUUUCGACAGCGUCGUCAACAUUUAAAUCUUAACCAAGGUUAAGUUUUUGAAAAGUCAUCAUAACUUAGAAAGUAUGUGGACCUAGUUCAUGAAACUUGGACAUAAGGGUAAUCAAGUAUAACUGAACAUUCUGCCUGACUUUCAGGUCACAUGAUCAAGGUCAAAGGUCAUUUAGGGUCAAUGAACUUAGACCAUGUUGGGUGAAUCAAAUCGAAAUCUUAACCAAGGUUAAGUUUUUGAAAUGUCGUCAUAACUUUGAAAGUAUAUGAACCUAGUUCAUGAACUCCUGCCUGAGUUUCAGGUCACAUUAGAGUCAAUGAACUUUGGCCAGGUUUGGGAAAUUUAUGGAUUUGUUGUCAUAACUAGAUCUAGUUCAUGAAACUUGGACAUACAUGUAAGAGUAACCAUGUAUCCCUGAAUAUCCUGUGCACGUUUCAGGUCACAUGACCAAGGUCAAAGGUCAUUUAGGGGCAACAAACUUUGAUUUUGUUGGGGGCAGUGAUGUAUGACUCGAGUCUGAUUUCGCCGGACUGGAGGGUUCAUUACUCGGUCUCGGACUUGGGGCCCAUGACUCGGCUACGAGACCGGAUUAAUUUGGCGCUAAUGCACACAGUUUCCAUACUCCUAAAUUUCCCCCAAAUUUCACACGUACACAAUAUUUUCAAACAUCACUCAUCACACAAAUUUCAAGUCAGAUCACAGAGUACACGUUACCCGUAUUAACCUAACUAGUAGGCUAUUGCCUAUGCAAUACUAGAAUUCGCAGUACAUGUUACGCGUCGAUAUAAAACUCUAUGAUUAGUACCUACACUGAAAUGAACUUACGAUAAAGUGGCAUUGUUGCCAAAUUGGGCUACACAGACUCUGUGUCCACUAAAGGGCAUUUUCACAACAGAUGGACACAGAGGCAAAAAAAUCAAGUUGAUAUUCAUGUCAAAUGCUUUAUGUUUUUUGAUAAAACAAGACCUGAAGUUUCUGAGACAAAUUUUUUUCCGACUCUGGCAGCCAUUUUUUAUUUCAAAAUGGCUGCCAAAGUAUGGAUACAAAUUAGUGUUGAAAAUAGUAUAUUGAUACAUAUUUUGUUUUGACAGAUUUUUAAAGAACAGGUUUGAUCAUGAUGUUUUUGCCUGUGAUUUAGCUUGCUAUUAUAACACUUUUUAAAAUCCCACAGAAAGAAACACCAGUAAUUCAUUCAUCUGAUUAAAAAACAUUGAUAUGAAGUAUGUGAUAUGGUAUGUAAUGUCAGUUACCAAAAACAUGAACUUUUUUUCUCAUUUCCUGGAAAAGAGGAUAUAUUAUAUGAAACUCGGUAGAUUUCCUCUCUAGGUAACACCCCUCCCUUCUACACCAAUAUUAAAGAUUACCAAUUAACAAUGAAGCCAUAGGGUACCAUUAAAUAUAUGUAAUGUCAGUUACCAAGUGGAAAAUGUAAUGUCAGUUACCGAGAUGUAAUGUCAGUUACCAUGAUAAAACGUUGGUUACCAAUAUUGAAAUACAAAUAUGUGGUAAAUUUUAUGGUGAAGAAAUAUUGUAUACUUGUUAUUUAAGUCUUUCACUUUAAAAGUCACACCAGAAGGAGCUUGCUAUUGACUUUUAAAAGGUAUAGUUCACAAGGAAUACUAUAUGAAAUUAUGAAGGAAGUUGCAUUUCCAUCCUGCAAAAAAAAUUACUAUGAAAUUGUUUUGUACAUGCACUUACCAAGUACCUAAUUGUUUGUAUCAGACAAUUUCUUGUUUGGUUUUUUUUUUGGGGGGUAGGGGGUACUUUCCCCAACCUAUUGCCUAAAUCUGCAAAUUUUUUUAAGCUUAACAUUGUGAUGAAGGGGAUUUCCAGGUUCCCUUUUUUAGUUUCUAGGAUUCUUUUGAGCAUUGCCUCACUAAAAGUAAAUUCCUGGUUUUUAUACCUGUUAGUAGUGUAGAUGUGUGAUACAAGUUUGUUUUUGGUUUACAAGUAUAGAUGAAAAGUGAAAUUUGACAGCUCUGAUCAAUGUUGCAUGGAUCUACUAAAACUGUGGGGUUUUUUCAAAUUUACAAAUAGUUCAGUUUCAAUUUAGAAGCUGGAGUUUAUUUUUUGUUGACAGCUUAUAAAAGAAAUUAGC